AUGUGUCUGAAAACACAUUUAAUUAAAAUUCACUCAAAAUAUGAAACACUUAUCGAUUGUGAAGACAAACAACACUUCAGACUAUUGUCGCUACGAUUGGAUCAAUUGAGUGACAAACAAACGGAUCAAACAAAUGAAUCCCAAGAAGUGAGACAAACUCGAGGCCAGAAGAAGAGACAAAUAUCUCGAGAAGUAGUGAAACGAGAAGACAAUGAUUUAACGGAUAAAGUGGUGACUAAUGAAGACUCGGAUGAGAGGAAGACAUCGACGACAGACACAGACCUCAAGAGUAUUAAAGACAAGACAUGUUAUGAACGGCUGAACCGAAAGCCAAACCGAGUCUUCAAAGUAAAGGCAAUUCAUUGCGAUUACAAAGACUGUGACUAUAAGUGCCGAUCGGACGCCAAUCUGGCCUCACAUAUGAAAUCACACGACAAUCAGAAGACCGAAGCCUAUAGACAGCAACGGCUAUCACUUCACCGCCGGUGCUAUGAUUUGGUCACCAAUUCAUACAUCUGUGACGAUAUCGACUGCGGGAAGUCAUUCAAGAAUUAUCGUCGACUGAGAGGACACAUCAUUAGCGCCCACUCGAGCCGUGAUAUCCGCUGUGAUUACACCGAUUGUCACAAACUGUUCAAAACCAGAGACACAAUGAAAGCGCACUUUAAAUACGUUCACAAUAACGACAAACCUUUUAAGUGUCCGCACAAUGACUGCGACCGAGGAUUUGCAAGUAAUGGCCAUUUGGAUCAACACGUGGCCAGUCAUUCAUCUGAACGCCUGUUUGUAUGCGAUUUCAAUGGGUGUGCGAAGAGUUUUAAGACACAACAGCUUCUUUGGGUUCACAAACGGAUCCAUAGCGCAGAACCGGUCAUUAGAUGCCGAGUCGAUGGCUGUGCGCAACGAUUUCGUACACAGAAUGGGCUGCAAAAGCAUCGGGUAAUCGACCAUCACUUCAAACCCAAAGUGCCAUAUAAACGGCCGAUCGGUAGGCAAUACCCGUGUCAAUGGCCCGGAUGUGACUUCACCGCAGCUCUCAAUCAUUCACUAAAACUACAUCAACGCCGACACACCGGCGACCGGCCGUUGGUUUGCGAUUGGCCUGAAUGUGGCAAACGGUUCGCCCGACCGACCAGUUUGCGCGACCACAAGAAUAUACACAACAAUCUUAAGCCGCACGCCUGUCAUUGGCCCGGAUGUCAGUACCGGUGCGCCAGUAGUGCUAAUAUAAGUAAACAUUGGACCAGAGGCUCCAAUCGCUACCCAAACCCAUGGCUCAAAGGGAUAACAGGUGUCGACCCCUACCAGUGGUCCAAACAGUGGACUCCAGUGUUGGCACUCAAGUGUCGGCUCAAGCAUAGGAGCCAGUGGUCGACACAACCCAUCACUUGCCUGACGGCCAUCGGCUCAUACCAGGGGUCGGCGAAGACGGCGGUCGAGAGUGAAGCUCAACGCGUCCCACACGGGAAGACUCACGACAUUCAAACACUUCUGCCGUCGGGAGUGAAGCGAUACGCGUCUCCAAAGAUGACUCCCGACAGUCAAACACUAGUGGCGACCGAAUGGAUGUCCGCCUCAACGGGGGAAGACUCCCGACAUUCAGACACUAGUCUCGUGGGGAGUGAAGCGAUACGCGUCCCGAAGGAUGACUCCCGACAUGACUGGACUGUAGGCGACCGUCGGUCGAGCGCUCAGUGUUUGUGGCGUUCAAUCGCUGCCACAGUUGUGGUCGACUCGAGUGCUGUCACUCACGACAGGCUCUGCACCCGAGACCAC